GAGAGAGAGAGAGAGAGAGAGAGAGAGAGAGAAGGUGCAUUUGUACGAUCAUUUAUUAAGUGAGAAUCGAUUCAAGCGCAAGAUGGAUAACGUGUCCCGUGGAAACGGGUUUAAGCGUGAAAGUAAUCGAGGAAGCAGUUGAAGAGAAAGAAAGAGAGGGAAGGUAGAUGUUAGACGGGUAACAGCAACAGCAACUCAACAGCGUGUUGAGACCCGUGCGAGUAAUGGCCUUACGUCUGAGGGGUAGCAAGGAUGUCAAGAAGAGCUCGUACUACGUUUGGUAUCUUGGUGCGAGGGAGGCCAAGGGUGUGGACGCGAUGCCCGGUGCCAUAGCUUACCUGCUCGAACGAGAACGACUUCAAGAACCUUUCAAGGUCACUUUACAGGUGAGCAGCAAGGGCCUAAAGAUCAUUCAAACUGUUCAUCCUGGAGGUUCUACUAGAUCAGCUGUAAAACAUUUGGUACCAGGUCAUGCUGUAUUGGCUGCUGUUCAACGAGAAGAUAUCGUAGCAGCGACUUUGCUCUUACCAAAUCCUGCCACUAACAAUCCAGUCCAUGUUCAUGCAUACAGAUGCGACUCGGUCGAGACAGCUGAAUUGUUGGGUGGACAACUGAAGGCAUUGGCGUCGCAAACGGAUAAUUUAGCAAGAGUAUCCUCUGGUGAAGGUAGAAUCCGAAGUAAUUUGGGUAGCGAUGGCCGAAGUACGAGAGAAUCCGAGUCUUCCGAAGGUAGUGGAGAACUCAAACAUGAUCCUAUCCAAACCACAACGAUCUACGAGUCAUUGGCAGCCGAGUUGAGAGCCAAAUUGGGUCGUGGAAAUUCAGGAGACAACGAUGUUGGACCUAUACUGUUACCACCACGUGACUACGACACAGUUCACAGGCAUCGUGGUAAUUUAGCAGGUAUCGAAUUUAGGCGUUGCUUGAAUCAGACCAUAGUGGGUGGUAGCACAGCUGUUGAUCGAGGUGGUACAAGGAGUGCAGCUAGCAGUGGAAUUGGAUCGGACAGUGCGGCUACUCCUCCACCGUAUCAGUCUCAUCAUCCUUUAGGUCCAAGACCUUCGAGACCUUCGAGAGAUUCCUCUUCCGACGACGAUUGGGGUGCUGGUACAGAGGAAAGUCAUUAUUUCCCGGACGUGGAGACGACUGGUUCGAGCUUGACACUACCAAGGCUACCUAGAAGUCCAGAAAGACAUCCAAUUCAGCAACAACCAACGAGAGGCGUCUCACCAGGUUGUAAUAGGAAUCGUAGGGCGCCAGAACUGAGACAAAGAUCUCCGAGUCCUCAAUAUCAGCCAAAAGUAAAUCCCGGAGAAGUGACAAGUCCAAGAGAGAGGUUCCAAGAUGCUAAAGAAAUGUUCAGGGCCAUGGAGAGGGAAGCUAUUGCAAGACCAGUCCUCUCAAGGCAGAGAGAGUCCGAUGGUCAUCAUCAUGUCCACAGGGUGGAAUCAUCCAGACAAGUUCACGAGGAUCGAUCUAUUCGUUCUCAUCAAACUAACGUGAACUCAUUGCCUGCGCACGAUCAUCAACAGAUCAGACGAAGUCAUACUGAGCUUGACCGAGAGAAUGAACUUGCUUACCGAGCGAGACCAAGACCUAGAACUCAUCAUUAUGGAAUAGAACAACCGUCUGAAUCGGAAACUACCACUAGGCCACGGCCAAGAAGCUUUUAUGAAAAUCCAGUUGUUGGGAGAGAGUUUCGCGAUCAAAGGAAUUCUAUCGAUCCUCGAGAAUCACGAGACUUUCGAGAUCGAGCAUACACACGAGAAUUACGUGAAAAAGUUCGUGCAAGGGCAACGACUUAUCAGGAAUUAUCAGAACAUGAGAGAUAUCCUGGACUCGAUCGUGAAAGUGCCAGACCACCAUUAGAAAUUGUCCCGACACCCGGUAGAUAUCGUCACAGCUAUGCAGAGCCACCCAGACUUGGAUUAGCUGCGUUACAUCCUUACUGACAAAGUCGAUUAACAUUAACGAUCGUUAAUUAACGAUGUCUUUUUUUUCUCUACUUUAUCGAUUGAUCGAUCGAUCGAUCGAUCAGCACGUUGAAGAUUUUGUUUUUGUUUUUGAUCGUUCCUUCUACAUUUAAAAGAUGAAAAGAUUUUACAUUUAUUCUGAUCUAUAAACAAAUGAAAAAUUGUUAAUCGUUAUGUUCUUUUGAAAUAACGAAGUUAAAUAACACAGGAUCUUGAAUAGAAAAGAUCGAAUUAAAAUAUUUUUAUGACGAUCAAGCGUUAUCCUCGUUAUAUCAAAUGAGGAAGCUCUCGUUAAUGAGAGAUCAUUGUUGAUAAUUAACGUGAACUACAGAUACGUAUUAUAUUGUUAUGCGCCAGAUGCCAGACUAACGAUAAUAAUAAUAAUAACAGCAAACUGUAAUAACGACAAUAACAGUAACAAUAAUAAUUUUAAUAACAAGUGAA